AUGAAAGUUAUUAUUAUAGGAGAAAAGUAUAAAUAGUCCCAGAAACUGUAAUACAUUUUAGACAACAUAGAAAAUUGCGAAAUAUAAUUCAUUAAUGUAGAAAAACAAUUAUAAGAGUAAAUAGAAAAAAUUUAAACCAAUCAGAGAAGUAGUAGAAUAACGAACAUAAUAUUUGAGAUGAAAAAAUCAAAUACCCAAGAAUAAGAAAGCCUUAUUUAUUAAUUAAAAAAAGUUAAAAGAUUGUUUUUUCCUCUAAAUUUAUUGAUAAGUGAUGAUUAUUUGCGAGAAGAUGCUAUAAACAUCAAGAAUUAAUUAAAUAGAUAUCACAAUAUUUAUAUCUGUAAUCUUGUAGAUUUUUUCUAAAAGAAUUAUGGUUAUGAUAAACAAGUGGAUCUGAGUGGGAAAAAAAUAGCGAUAUUUCUUACAAAAGAAUAGGAUGUAAAAACUAAAAUAUUUUAAACUGUUAAAUCACCUGCUAUAUUAUAAAAUAAUUGGGCUUUAAUUAAUACUCCAUAAUGUAAGAUGAAUUCUGAAAUCGAAUAACAAAAUGAAGUUAUUAUAGAAUUUUAGCAGAUUUUCAAAAGAUAUUAAUCCUAAAUAUCUUUUUUGUUUAUAAUCAUCGAUUAAGAGAGAAAUGAUAGAGUAAAAAAAAAUUUUAUGGAUAUAUAUUCUUAAUUUAAGAAGUUGAAGAAGCAAAUUAUUGUGUUGCUAUAUAAUCGAAUGAAUGAAGAAUUUGAAGAAAAUUUAGCACUAGAUAAUUUUUUUAUGAAUGUGGCUAAAAUUAGAAAAGUCUAUUCACUUACAAACGAUUAACUUUAGAAUUAAUAAUCAAUCAAUUAAUAUUUUAAUUAGGUUUUGUAAGAACAUCAAAAUAACCUUGAAGUAGGAAUUGAUUUAAAAGACACAAUUUUUGAAUUAAGAGAUGAGAAAUAAUGUGAGGCUGACAAUAUCACUUUUUAAUAAGAUUUGAUUAACAAUUAAGUAUAAAACCUAAAAUAAAGGGUUGAAUAAGCUGACUAAUAAAUUAUUUUGUACUAAUAAAAGAUUGCCGAGCUCGAGAAAUCAAAAAAAGAAGAUUUAAACUAAAUAAGAGAGUUUGAGUCAUAAAUAUCCUAAAAUUAGAAAACUGUUGAAAAAGUUUAGAAUGAAACUUUAUUCCAAUCAUAAAAUUCAAGAGAAGUGAGAAUGCCAUAACCGCAAGGGUUUUAAAAUAAUAUAUAGAAUUAAGAAGUAAUUAAAAAGAAGAAUGGUGAAUCCCUACAAUUAGAUAUUUAAACCCUAGAAAAAUACAGACAAUCAUUAAAUAAUAAAUUAGAUUAAUGUUAUAAAAAAUAAGAUAUUAUCCUUCAAAACAAAACGUCUUUUAAAUAGGGAAAUGAAUCACAAAAAUUGGAAAAACUAUUAGAAUCAGAAAUCACUGAUCUUUGGAAUAAAAUAGAUGAAACUGAUUGUAAAAUAAGGGAAAAUAAUAAUUAAUUAUAAAAACUUUAAUAAGAUUUCAACAACAAUUAGUAAAAUCUUGAAUAAGGGAAUAAUGCAUCCAAUUAUCAAUUUUCUGCUAAUAUAAAAUAGAUAAAUCCUUUCCAUCAUUAGGAGAAUAAAAAUUACAGGAGGUUAUGA